GUGGUCUCAAAGAUGGUCUCAAAGGUGGUCUUAAAGGUAGGAGUGGUUACAGAGGUGGUUGUAGUGAUCUCAGAGGUGGUCUCAAAGAUGGUCUUAGAGGCAGUCUCAGAGGCGGUAAUGGUGGUCUCAGAAGCAGUAGUGGUGGUCUCAGAGGCAGGAGUGGUUCCAGAGAUGGUGGUGGUUUCAACAGUAGAAGUUUCAAAUACAGCGGUGGUUCUGGAA